AUGAGAAAUCUUUUGACCAGAAUCACCAGUUUACCAUCAGCCGUUCAAAUAAGGCUGGUUUCAUCAGUAACCACAGUCGAUGCCAAAGAAAUCGAAUUUUUCCAACAAACAUCAGACUGGUGGGACAAGUCUGGUUCAAUGCGACCUCUGCACUCGAUGAACAAAUUGAGAAUUCCUUUAAUUAGAGAUGGUUUAAUAAAUCAAGGAACUGCUUUAAAAGAAAAUCUUGAAACAGCUACUCCUUUAAAAGGAUUAUCUGUAUUAGAUAUUGGAUGUGGUGGUGGCAUAUUAUCUGAGCCUCUUGCCCGGCUAGGAGCCCAGGUAACAGGCAUUGACGCAAAUCCCAAUAUUAUUGAAGUGGCAAAGAAACAUGCUGAAUCUAAUCAUCUUGCAAUCAAUUAUCUAUACACUUCCAUAGAAGAUUUUUGUAAAGAUAAUCAAGAAAAAUACCAUGCUAUUGCUGCAUCAGAGAUUCUUGAACAUGUAACGGAAAAAGAGGCUUUCAUUAGAGCAUGUGUCACUUGCCUGAAACCAUCAGGCUCUAUUUUUAUUACAACAUUGAACAAGACAAUGUUCACAAACAUUUUGGGGAUUUAUGUAGCUGAAAAUGUUUUAAAGUUGGUGCCUAGGGGAACUCAUCAGUUUGAAAAAUGUAUUAAAACACAUCAUUUACAAAGGCUAUUAGAGGAUAAUAAUAUUCAAACUAAAUUAAUUCAUGGGUUGUUUUAUAAUAUAUGCACAAACAAUUGGAGUUGGUGCUCGGAUCAAUCAAUCAAUUAUUGCAUACAUGCUAUAAAAUGUUAA